GACAGGCAGCGAAAAGACAUUGUUUGGCAACGGCAAACGGCAAAAUCUUAUUCGUGACAUAAAAUUGGACAUUAGACGUAAAAUGGAAAGUAGUGCUGGCGAUGUGGUUCUUGUAACGGGUGGCAGUGGCUUUUUGGGCCAGCAUAUCAUCAAAAUGCUGCUGGAGCAGCGCAAGGAGCUGAACAUCAAAGAGAUACGCUCACUCGACAUUGUACCGUACAAGAACAAAAUUGGUCACUUGGAGACGCCGCAAUUGCUGCGCACAUUUGUCGCCGACAUUAGCGGCGAACGUGAGAGUUUAAGCAAAAUCUUUGAGGGAGUUGAUAGCGUCUUCCAUUGCGCCGCCUCCGUUAAAAUUGAAUAUCCGCCCAACUAUGAGGAACUGGAGCGUGUGAACAUAAAUGGAACGCGAGCUGUGGUAGAUUUGUGCAUACAAAAUAAUGUGAAGCGUUUGGUCUACAGCAGCUGCACUUCGGUGUGCUUUGUGCCGUUCAAGGGACGCAGCACGUUUGCGGCGAUUAUCAAUUCCACAGAGUCCAAAACUGAUACGCCCAAGCUUGAUAGUUCCAAGCUGUGGGAGCAGGAUAAUGAGUUUCUCAUAGCCGGUUAUGCAUCCAGCAAGCUGCGUGCCGAGAACAUAGUACUCAAUUCUAAUGGGGCGCCGCUGCAAAACCAAUUGGAUUAUCUGGCCACUACCGCAAUACGUGCCCCGUUGACUUAUGGCGAGUGUGAUUCCCAUUUCAUCACCGAUUCUUUUGAUUACCUGUCCACACGCGAUUGGAUCUUUCCACGAAUUGCGGGAGCUGGUGGCAAACAGCAGUUGGUCUAUGCCGGCAACGUUGCCUGGGGUCAUAUUUGUGCCUAUAAGGCGCUCAAGGUUUCCACCAAGGCUGUGAAUGGUUUGCCUGUUUUCGUCACCGAUGAUACGGGCAUCAAUGAUGUUUCACGCUUUAUCCAGAAAAUGGCGCUGAUUGGCGGGCAAUUCAAGGUGAAGACUAGCUGGUGGUAUAUACCACACUUUUUGUACUUCUUCCUUGCGUUUCUACUGGAGUUUGUGAUCCGUGUGGCCUAUCCCUAUACUAAGUAUCGUCUGCGUUACUCACCGCGCGCCAUCGCCUCUUUUACUUCCUCUAUGCUGAUGUACAAUCGACUGCGUGCCUCCAUUCACAUGGAUUAUGUGCCACUUUACGAUGCGGAUAGCAGCGCCGAACGUAGUGGCAAAUGGUAUGCCAAGUGGUGGGAUGGCAGGAAGCUGGCCAAAAAGUCAAAAAAGUCGAGUUGAGCUCGAUUUAAUGCUGUAUUAUUAAUAUACACUGUACUGUAAAUGCUAGUGUAUUUUCUGUUUUGUAUACUGAAAAAAAGUUUAAUAAAUCUGGGUGUUACUGUUAUGUUA